GUUGAUCCAACGCAGAGUCGGGGGCAAACGCGCGGGGGCUGGGGGUGCGGGGCUUUGAACAGAAGGGGAGGGACAAGGAGGGGCUCUGAGCAAAAGUGGGUAAUAAGGGGGACCUUGGACCUAAGGGAGGUGACAGGGAAGGGUUUUGAAUAGAAGGGGGUGUAACAAGAGGGAGCCUUGGACCGACGGGGAGGUGACAAGCCAGGGCCUUGGACCGCAGGAGGUUGGCAAGGAGAGAACGAAGGGGGAUCACACGGGGGAGCCUGGUACCAAAUGAAGGCCCGGCUUCAGGAAGACCCAGAUCGAGCUCUCCCGACUGCGCGCGCAGCUGGAGACCCGGGCUUUGGCUUCCUCCGCGCGGUUGGCGCCCUCUUGGCCUCGGAUUCCGGCCCCGCCGGCGCACGGAGGGCGGACCUAAGGAGUACCGUCGUAGGGGGACGGGGAGAGGUCGAGGAUUUCCGAGGAAGCCUGGGCCGCUGUUCUCCCUGUCCUGGGGAAGCCAAAGCCACUGGGGAUCCUGAGAGAGAAACUCACUCUCUUUGCUGUAAUUUCACCAUCACUCCUAAAUUCCGAUCUGGACCAGGGUGGUGUGAAGUUCAAGGCCAGAGCAAUGAAAUAUUUCUCCGCUAUUACUGUAGUAACAAGACCCCUGAACUCUCUGGUGCCCUGGGAAAGGAAAUCAAUGGCACAGAGUUCUUGGGACAACAAAAAGAAACACUGACAGAUGUGGUGGAGUUACUCACAAAGGAACUGCUUGAAGUUCAACUGCAGAACUACACACCCAGUGCCCCUCCCACCUGGCAGGUGAGAAUGUGUUGUUGGUGUGAAGCCAAUGGAAGCCCCCCUGCAUUCUGGCUGUUUGGACACAAGGGACAAACAUUCCUCCGCUUUAACUCAGAGAAUAAAACAUGGACCCUGCUUCAUGAUGCAGCCACAAGGAUGAAGAAGAUGUGGGAGAACAACAAGGAAUUGAUGAAUUCCCUUUUUAAAGUCUCCAUGGGAGACUGCAAGACUUGGCUUGCCAACAUCUCAAUGCCUUUGGAGAAAAUGGAGCUGACAGCAGCAUCUUCCACUCAGGCCACACAGACAGCUGGACCCAUGACUACAGGGUUAGCCCAAGCCACUGAGUCCAACACCGGGGCCCUCUUUGUGAGCAUCGCUGUGGGCGUCGCUUUGGGCCUCACCAUCCUAUUGAUUAUCUGGUUUAAAAAGAGGAAAGUCCGGACCUCCAGGAUUCAAGCCUCAGCACCUCCAUAG